AUGGCUCAUCGUUAUCCUUCGCAUCGAGAAUCUGUAUCUUCUUCUACUAGUCGUACAUAUUAUAAUAAAACAUUUGAAGAUACAACUGAUUUAUUUCUAUUUGCUUGUGCACAUGGUGAUUAUAUGCUUGUACAUCGACUUUUAGUAGAUAAUGAAGUUGAAGCUGAUGUAUCAAAUAAAAUGGGUAAAAGUGCACUUCAAUUAGCUAUUGAAAAUGAACAUUUUGAAGUUGUCAAAGUUUUACUUGAUAAAAUUCCUUAUGAAAAAUUUCGUGAUGCACUUCUUUUAGCAAUUUAUUUGGGUCAUACAAAUAUAGCUGAUUUUAUUAUGAAUCAUCCAACUUAUCGAACAUUUAGUGGUGGUUUUCUUGAUCCAACACAUCCACAAGCUUAUGAUGAUUCACAAUUCAGUUCUGAUAUAACUCCACUUAUUCUUGCUGCUCAAUAUAAUCGUUUACAAACCGUUCAUCAAUUAUUAUUCAAAGGUGAACGUAUUAAAAAACCACAUGCAAGUAUGUGUCCAUGUAUUGAUUGUGCUGAUAGUUCUGCUUAUGAUUCAUUUCGUCAAGCACAAGUUCGUUUAUCUGCAUAUAAAGGUCUUUCAUCUGAAGUUUAUAUUGCUCUAACAUAUCCUGAUCCAAUUUUACAAGCUUUUGAAUUAAGUCAUGAAUUACGUACACUUGCUAAAGUUGAACAUUAUUUUCGUGAAGAUUAUAAAAAAUUAGCUAAUCAAUUAUCAAUAUUUGUUACACGUUUACUUGAUAAUGUUCGAGGACAUGAAGAACUUGAAAUUGUUUUAAAUAAAACAGGUCGACCAAAUGAAGAAAAAUAUGAAAAUUUAGCUCGAUUUGAUUUAGCUAUACUUUAUCAAGAAAAAGCAUUUGUAUCACAUUCAAAUUGUCAACAAAAAUUAAUGGAAAAAUGGUAUGAAAAUUUAUCAGCAAUUAAAAAUGCACAUCUUACAAAACGUGUAUUAUUUUAUCUUGCUUUUAUUAUUUGUUUACCAAUUUUAUUAUUAACAUAUUAUAUUUUUCCUAAAUCAAAAAUUGGUUCAUUAUGUCAUCAACCAAAUUUAAAAUUAAAAGCAUAUAUUGUUUCUUAUCUUGCAUUUAUUAGUCUUAUUGUAGCAUCGAGCUAUUUUUCUAUAUCACAUUUACAAAAAACAAAAUAUCUUUCGGAUUAUAAUUCAACUAUUUAUAAAUUAUAUAUUCAACAUAUUUAUGAAAAUACUGAAUUAAGAUCUGAUUUAAUUAGUCUAAAUGAAGAUAAAUAUGGUAAUAAUAAUAAUAGAAUGGAUUCUCUGAUCAAAUGUAAUAUUAGUCUUCGUUUUAUGGCACCAAAUCCAUUUCAAAUAGCUAUUUUUAUUUGGGUUAUUGGUUUUGUUUGGCAAGAAAUAAAGCAAAUAUUUGGUUCAGGUAUACGUGUUUAUUUAACAUCACAUAGUAAUUAUGUUGAUUGUUUAAUGAAUAUUCUUUAUAUAUUAUAUUUUAUAUUUCUCUAUUCAACUAUGCUUUUAACACGUACAUCAAUGAAUAAAUUUCAUUCAUCAAAUUAUUGGAAUCAUAUUAAACGUUAUAAUGAGACAUUGGAUGAUGAAAAACAACAUCUUCUUACUAAAACAUAUCAUAUACUUUAUUGGCUUAAUGCUGAUCGAUAUUAUUGGAAUAGUGGUGAUUCACAAAAUUUAGCUGAAGCUUUUUUUGCUAUGGGAAAUGUUGCUAGUAUUUGUCGAAUUUGUUUUCUAUUACCAAUUAUUGGAUUUGUUGGACCAUUACAAGUAAUGCUUGAACGUAUGAUAAUUGAUAUUUCAAAAUGGAUUGUAAUCAUUUUAAUUUUUUUUAUUGCAUUUGCAUGUUCAUUAUUUCUAAUUUUUUCUCAUUUUGCUAUGGCUUUUCAACAACAAGAAAGUUUAUAUAAAUUAUCAAAUUAUACAGAACCAAAAAUUCCAUAUAUGAUGAAAUUUAAUAAUUUAACAGUAGAAAAAAGUUUUCGAUGUUUACCAUAUUAUGAGCUUCUAAAUCAAACAAUUCCAAAUAUAACAUCUUCCGAUCAAUCACGUAAUGGAAAUAAUGAUACGGAUGAGAGUUGUACAUGUUCUGAUGGUUGUGAUAAAAUAAAAAGAAUUGGAGCAUAUCCAGCUAUUUAUUAUUUCGGUGAUAGAUUUGGAUCAACACUAUUAACAACAUUUUUUACUUUAUUUGGAGUUAUUGCUGAAGAUGAUUUACCAGAUCGAGGAUAUGAACUUGUUUCAUUAACAUGUAAAAAACCUGAUCCACAACGUUAUGCAUUAGGUUUUGAUUUAUUUUCAUCAAAUCUUGGUUUUGUUAUUUAUGGUCUUUUUACAUUUAUUUCUGUAACUGUUCUUGUUAAUACUUUAAUUGCUAUGAUGGAAGAAACUAUUGAUACAAUUGAUGAUCGAGCUGAUGUUGAAUGGAAAUUUGCUCGAUCAAGACUUUAUAUGGAAUAUAUACGAGAUGGAAAUACUUUACCCGUUCCAAUGAAUAUUUGUCCAACGCCAAAAUCUUUUAUUUAUCUAUUAAAACGAAUAAAACAUAUGAUUUUGUCUAAUAGUUCAUCAACAAAUAAUAAUGAACGAUCAAAUGGAAAUAGAGAUGAUCAAUUAGAUGAUCUUAAUAUUGGACGUCGUAAUAAUGAUAAUAAUGAUACAAAUAAUAGAAGUAUACAAUAUGAUAGAUUUAAACAUGAAAGAAUCUUUGAUCGUCAACGUAGUUAUGUUGUACAUGAAACAUUAACAUAUAAAAUAGUAAUUGAACGUAUUGUUAGACGUUUUUUACUCUAUUAUAAAAAUAAACAUAUUAGCGAUAAUGAAGCAAAUGAUGGUAUUGUAAUUAAAGAACUUAAAAAUGAUGUAUCAUCAUUACGUUUUGAAUUAUUAAAUGAAGCUGAUAUACUAGAUGAAAUGCAUUUAUCAUCUAUUGAACCAAUGAAAAAAUUUAAUAAUGAUUUACAAACAUAUUUUGAUUUUGAAAAAAUCAAACAAUAUUUAAAUAAUCAAAAAAAAUAA